CCCACGCCCCCGCCCUCGCCCCCUUCUCCCUCUCCCUCUCUCUCCACCUGCUUCACCACCAUCACCACGAGGACGACGAAGAAGACGAAGACGAAGUCGAAGAAGAAGGAGAAGGCACCACCACCACGUAGCCGAAGAAGCAGAAUAAAGCAGAAUAAAGCAGAAGCAGAGCAACCGGACGUCUUGUAGGGUUUGAAUACUCUGCGCAGCGGUGCGUGCGAUGCGACUUGCGGUGUUUGUCCCUGGCUCACGAUCGUUGGAGACGAGGUCGAUGACGACGACGACGACGGCAACUUCUUAACAGCUUUCCACGGGGUUUUUUUUUUUUUUUUUUUUUUUUUUUUAAAUACUAGAAGGCCGUGCUUUGGACAGUAGUUGCACAUGCGAGCUACCCGAAGACAGACUUAGGUGGUAAUUAAACGCAUAGUUUCCCUAGGAACUUUUUCGGAAGGUCAUUGUCUGGGCUUGGGAUAAACCCUAAGACAUGAUAGAUUCAUGAUUAAGUAGAUGACGAUAUGAAAUCUUAUUGACAGCUUUUUUUAUAUGUUACAGACGAAAGCUGGUUUUGUUCCUAUUUGAAUGUACAUAAGGUUUAUUUCAAAAGAGCGUGCAAGUCCUGGCUUAUCAUGGGGGCGAUGGAGAUGACUGGGGCGGAAGAGAAGAUGCAGGGAGAAGUGGGAACUAUGUCCCGAGCGGCGCCAGUGGAUGACCUUUUUGCGCCUAUGGGUAGAUUGGAUGUGCAGUCAUUGGGGGUGGGGUUGGGGAGUGAACGAGGAGAGGGAGGUAAUGCUUCGUUGUUCAGCUCAUGUGCGAUUUCAAGCAAUGUUCGAAGUCGAACAGCUGAGAAGUCUCCUACUAGCGGUGCUUUGUGCAGGACCAAACUUGGCCCUUGAUGUGAAUCAUCUGGAUAUCUCAGGGUUAUCACGGGAUUACUAUGAAGGUGAAAGGCAUGACAUAGGAGGUGACACAAGUUUUAGUCCGAGAGUGAACAAUCUGGAAGGUCAAUCCAAUUUUACAUCUGAUGAUGAUCAGGUCGUCGUUGAUGAGAGGAGGCAGAAGCGGAUGAUUUCAAAUAGAGAAUCAGCUCGACGUUCGAGGCUCCGAAAGCAACAACAUUUGGACGAAUUGCGAUCGCAGAUUGCACAACUUCGAGCCGAAAAUACACACAUGCUGAAUCGAUUCAGUCUUGCUUCUCAGCAGUAUGCGCAGCUGACUGAAGAAAACUGUGUACUAAGAUCAAAUGCUACCGAUAUGAGACAUCAGCUCCAAAUGCUGCAUCAUGCUGCUUCGAGUCACCAACCAUUGUCUCUGGAACGUGGCCUUGGCACAGUGCAACCCCUUCCCUUAAAUUUGAGUUUGUGUUCUGGUCUAACGGAGGAUGCCAAUUGGUGAUAGCUUGAAAUUUGAGCCCCUUUUCAGUUUGGCGUUUGUAUAUGUUUUUUUGGGUAGGGCUCAGUGUGAAAUGUUUCCAGAUGAGUUGAUUUGCAUUAAGCAAAUACUCUUAGUACGGAUUGAUUUGCUUGGAUAGUGCCUGUUUGAAUGCACGCAAAGGCGUCAAACAGACGUCUCUAGAUCAGUUAGCGUGACCGCUGCACUGUUUUGUGCAAUUACUGGUGGAAGGGUUCUAUGCCUCAAAUUUAUUGUGGGUAUUGGUGGUAAGUCAGGGAGUGCAAAACGUAUCCACCGGUCUCACUCAUGCGAAAAGAGCAUGAGGUAUUCCUGCUUUCCGAAGCACAUAGUGAAACAGAUUGAAUUAUCUGAGAUGACAAAGAAUGUCCUACAGAACUCUAUCCGAGAUCAGAGAGUGAUAACAUUGCAAGUACUGUAAAUCAGUCUGGUUGCGCGAAAUUGAGUAGAUACGAGUGCGCUGGUACUUGUACUUCACGGAGAAUUCAUAUUGAAGACGAAGUUUGAUCUUCUUUGUGAGAUGUAAAUAACGUAGUUGCCUCCACCAGAAUUAUGUUGGAAGGAUUUUGCAAUUAUCUAACUGUUGUCACGAUUAA